AUGACGAGCAUCAUUAUUGUGCCUGCAAAGUUCUGGCAUCUCGAUUUGAGCCGCGAUGCCUGGACUAUAAUUGAUAUCGUCGCCGACCGCUAUUCGGCUAAAGGCUUAAAUACUACCAUUACCGAUUACUUUGAGUGUCACUAUGUAUUCCUGCUGAGUUUUGUCAAAGAUAUAAUCGCAUACCUUCCUGAUGAGGAUCAAUUUUUUGUCGAGCUAUUCGUCAGGGCCAUAAUGGGCCAUGUGCGGCAGAAGGUCUGUUUUCAGAGACAGCAGAUCCGCGCGGGGAUCGUAACUCCUGAAGAAGUAAGAGCUCUGAUUCCAAGGAGGGACCUGAAACUUGCGGCUAUAAAACAGAAGUACCGAGAUCGUGCAGAUAGCAUGCCUCAAGAGGGUCACGACAUAGAACAUCCGAAGGGCAUUGAACCGUCUACCAUUAGUUAA